AAGCGAUUUUGAGGGAAAGCUACAAAAAGCUGAUAUUUUUGGCAGCUUUCUCCCUUUUACCGAUCCAAAAAACGGAUCCAAACAGCCCUUAUCUACACAUAUGUAUGCGUGCUGACAUAUGCUAAUCCCUCGUAGAGCGCAUUCCCUGGGUGAAGUGGAUGAGAAGUUGAGGAGUUUGCUGGCAAUUUCGAUUUCGAAUCAUCAAUUUUUUUAAAACAAACACCAUAUAUUGGAAUCCUAAAAUACGAAAAAACUCAAUUUUUAAUCCCAAAACUUGUAAUCCAUACCAAAUGCCAAAAUUUUUGGUGAAACAAACACCCCCUAAUUAAACCUCUAGUUUUCAUCGUCAGCCAGGCACGUUUCGGCAAAACGAUUGAACUCACAGUUCUGGGUGAUAUCUUUGACAAUAAACCAUAAGCACAAAGCAAUAUAAAACAGGUCCUCAUCUGCUUCAAUAUCACCAUGAACAGAAAGCUGAAACUGCAGUUCCCUGAAAUGGUAGAUUCUGAUUGUCAAAGAUAUGCUUUUUCUCAUUAUAUCUUUGUCUCUUUUCCUGAAAUUGUAAUUUCUGCGAAGUCUAUUGAGCAGCUUGACAUUGAUAUGAGAAGGAUGAUUGAAGAGCAAAUUCAGGGUUAUACUGAGCCAUUAUCGGAGAAGCUUCUUCCGGAUUUACCCCCUCAAGAACAGAAUGUACUUACUCUUGUUCUUGACAUCAACGAGACUCUAGUACACUCAGAUCGGAAGCGUGAGAGGGGUUGGAGAACAUUUAAAAGGCCUGGUGUUGAUGCUUUCUUGGAACACCUUGUUAGAUUCUAUGAAAUUGUUGUCUAUUCGGAUCAACUGAGUAUGUAUGUUGAUCCUUUUGUUGAAAGACUGGAUCAGAAAGGUUGCAUUCGUUAUAGGCUGGCACGAAACGCAGCCAGAUAUCUGAAUGGAAAACAUUAUCGGCUAUGUAUAUCCUGACUCGGGAGCUGUUCUUCCUUCGCAGGAUCGAGAAUAUUUCGAGAAGCAGGCUCGGCGACAGUGAUCAUCGUUUAUUCUAUCAGUUCUCCACUUCAUUUGUCUUAGGUAGUUAUUUGAUUGAGACUUUUCCUAUAAUCACCUUUGGUUCUCCAGACUAUGAUGUAUUUUUCUUCUUUCCUACUUUGGAUAGUUGUGGACUUGUAGUAGAACUCAGUCUUUCCAGAUAUUUUUUAUCUAUCUAUUUUCUUUGUUACCUUAGUACAUGUUCUAUGAUGUAGUUUUCGCUUUAUAUAUGUAUACAGGAUGAUUUAGAGGCGUGAAUGUGACCGUAUGGUUGCAUUGCCGGCCGAGUGACGUUACAAACUAAUUACGUUUUGGAACCAGGGCGUGACAAGGUUUUUAUUGGUAUCUAGGCAAAGGUCAAGAUUUCCUUUGUGAAAAAUUUCUGUGAUUAAUUUGUCACUUUCUUCCAUCUCGAAUUUAGGAAUGAACUCCAAUCUGACAAAUUUUGCUUGCACUUCAAUAAAUGACAACUGCUAUCAUAUCCAUCAAUUAUCUUAUUGUCAAAGCUAAAAUAUUAUUCUUUCAGUCACUUGGCUCAGAGAUCUCAUCUAUUUGCGAUCUUCGUGCCUAAAUGCUAUUGGCAGGACCUGUCUAAGCUCAACAGAGAUCCUUCUCGAGUUAUUUAUAUCAGUGCACAUGCUUUAGAAAGUAGCUUUCAGCCUGAAAAUUCUGUGCCGAUUAAGCCUUGGAAGCUUGAAGAUGAUGACACUGCACUUAUUGACCUUAUUCCAUUUCUUGAAUAUGUGGCUCUCCACAGGCCUGCAGAUAUAAGACCUGUACUUGCAUCUUACCAAGGUCAUGAUAUAGCCAGGGAGUUUAUUGAGCGUUCAAAAGAGCAUCAAAAGCGGAUGCAAGAGCAGAAUCAACAUGGCCGAUUUUGGCAACGAUGAUCUUGAUUUUGUAGUGGUAGAGAAAGAAAGAUUGAAACAGUUUGGUAGUUUCUGAUUCCAACAGUUUGUGGUCUCGUACUCCUACGCAUAGGACCAAUUUUUUAAUGCAAUGAGUACUAAUAAGAGUGGGAGGGAGGCGGAAUUUUGUGUUGUUUCCACACCUUAUUACCGAGUUUUCGUUGAAUCGCAUGUUUCUCAUUUAUUGACAGCACAUUUGUUACCAUUGAUGAUUAGAUAUGACUACAUUGAUGAAUAAUGUGAUCGUUUGAAUGUUUUUUUUUUCUA